AUGUCACAAAAACAAAAACCAAUUAGAUUUCAAGAUUAUCAAUUCACAGCAACCAAAGAUGAAGCAUAUGGUAGAUCGGAUAGAUAUGUAAAACAAUUUUUAAAUAAAAAUUUAUUAAAGAAAAAGGAUGGAACAUUGGGAACUGCUGAAGAGCUAUUAACAUUGAUUCAACAAUCCAAUAUAAAUGUUGUGACAGCAUCAACGGGUGGAGCAGCAAUGGGUGCAAUGUUAAAUCAUACCGUAUCAACCAUUAAUCUAACUGGUAGUGGUAGUGUACCAACCUAUAAUCCAUCAGAUAAUAGAAAUAGUGGAUCACAUGUAAUAACAAGUACAAAUAGUGUAAUUAGUAAUUCAAGUAUAAGUAGUACUGGUGUAAUAAAUAAUAAUAUAAAUAAUAAUAGUAAUAUAAAUAGUAAUACAGGAACGACGACAACAACAAUAUCAUUACCAAAUAAUACAGAAAUAAAAACAGCAUUAGUUUCAACUGGUAGUCAAAAUGCAUCCGAUACAGCACAGAUUGAUAUAGAAUUUCAUUUAUCGUAUACACAAUUGGUGACAUUACCACCAAGUAUAUUUAGUUUAAUUUGGAUUCAAAAGUUGGUAUUGACUCAUCAUAAUAUAAAAACAUUGAGUGAAGAUAUUGGAAAGUUACAACAACUUCAAGUGUUGGUAUUGGAGAAUAAUAGAUUGAUCAAUUUACCUCAAUCAAUUGGUGACUUGGUAAAUUUGAAGAGAUUAGAAGUCGAUAACAAUCAUUUGGUAUCACUAUGUUCAUUGGAGCGAUUGUCAAAACUUGAAGUCCUCUCUGUAAAUAAUAAUAAAUUAACCCUAUUGCCAACUUCUAUCGCUUCCCUCUCUAGUUUGAAAACUUUAAAUAUUAAAUCAAAUCCAAUCAUUACACCACCAUCAACUGUUGUCUCUAAAGGUUUAAAAGAUAUUGUAUCAUUUCUUCGUGAAUUAGAAACUGGUGCUAGACCAUGUUUAAGAUCAAAAUUGGUAGUUUUAGGUGAUCCUGGAGUUGGUAAAACAUCAGUUGUACAAUGUAUGAAAGGUAAAAAGAAAAAAACAAAUGUAACAAGUAGUAGUAUAAAUAUUGGUGGAUCAAGUGGAUCAGAAGUUGGAAUUGAAAUUGAUCAAUAUGAUUUUGAUGUUGUAUUUGAUGAAGAUGAUAAAAAGAGAAGAGUGAUAACCUUAUCAACAUGGGAUAUCGCUAAUCAAGAUGUUUACUUUGCAAGUAGUCAAUUGUUUGAUUCAGAGAGAUCAGUGUAUAUAGUGGUAUUCAAUUUGAACAAUGAUGAUUUCUCUGCCAUAGAAUAUUGGUUACAUUGUAUCAUGAGUACAUCACCAAAUUCACCGAUUGUAUUGGUGGGUACACAUAUUGAUGCAUUUGAAAAUUUAAAUGUUGUCAAUGCGGUAUUGGAGAGUGUUGCCUCGAGAUUUCAAAAGAGAUUCACAAAUAUUCAAGCCAUCAUCUCGGUUUCAUGUACCACCGGUUACGAUGUCGACAAGUUACGUCAACUCAUUGAGGACAUCAUAAAGACUCAACCUUAUCUCAAAGAGAAAGUCCCAAGUAGUUUCUUUACACUCGAGGAGGCAUUGAUCGAGGUGAAAAAGAAAAGAAUUCCACCAGUGAUGAUGUGGCAAGAAUAUAUCAACCUAGCAAACAUUUGUAAUCUUAAAGACUCUGUUCAAAUUCAACGUGCCACGGAAUUCCUUCACAAUAUUGGCUCCAUCGUUUAUUUCAAUGAUUUAAAUUCAUCAACUGUUGGUAAAAUGGUGAUUUUGGAUCAACAAUGGAUCAUCAAUUGUAUGUCCUCUUUAAUCACCUCAAAGUUACUCAUAAACAAUUGUAAUGGUAUCGUUAGACAAUCCGAUUUGGAAUUGGUUUGGAAAGCUCCAACUUAUCCUGAACAUCUUCAUCCAGCUUUACUCUCUAUCAUGCAAGCAUUUGAAAUUUGUCGUUCAUUAUCACCAUCGGAUCUUGUACGUCCAGAGGAGGUCAAUGAAAAAGAGGUCAUGGGUGAUCGUAAUUUAGUACCAAAUCUAUUAUCUGACAAUACAAACAUUGUAGCUCAAUGGGAUGAUUUCAUCGAUCCUGAUACAAUCUUAUUGAAUAGACAAUAUCAUUUACCAUUUUUACCAGAGAAAUUCUUUGGAAAGUUAAUCAUUCAUCUUAUGAAUUUUACUAAAGUUGAAAGUUGUCAAAAACGUGCCGUUAUCUUAAGAAAUCAAGAUAAUCAUGAAGCUUUAAUUGAAUUGAAAACAAUUAAAGAUAAUAAAGAUGGUACUUUUAAAAAGAUUCUAACUGUUGAUGUUCGUGGUCUAGUUUCACCAGUUAGUUUAUUACGUAUUGUAACUGAUACAAUUGAAUCUUUAUUUUCACAAUGGUACAAAUUAGAUAUUAAAAGAUAUAUAAGUUGUUAUGAAUGUGCAAUUUUAUAUGAUAGAAAUCCAACAUUAUUUACAAUUGAAGAAUGUGAACUUGCAGUAAUUGAUGGUAAAACAGUUUUAACAUGUAAUCAAAAGAGUGAUUCAGAUAGAGUUUCAACAUCACAUAGAUUGAAAUUGGAUAUAUUGGCACCAGAUAUUUCAAUGGUAGAUAUACCAAUACCAAGAUUUAAUUUAAGCGAAGUAAAGAUCAAUAAAGAGGUUGGUCGUGGUGCAUUUGGUAUUGUUUAUGAAGCGGAAUGGAUGAGUGAAUGGAUAGCAUUGAAAAAGUUAUUAUUACCUUCAUCAACCGAUACAACCAAUCUCAAUGGUAAUGGCGAAGUUAUGGUCUACGAUGAUCCAGAUCAAUUGAUUGAAGAUCGUUUACGUGUAUUUAGAGAGUUUAGACAUGAGGUUUACUAUAUGAGUGGACUCAAUCAUCCAAAUGUUAUGAAAAUCAGCGGUUUUUGUAUUCAACCUUUAUGUAUGGCAUUAGAGUAUGUUCGUUAUGGUUCAUUGUAUAGUUUACUCUCAAAUUCAAGUAUAGAAAUUAGUUGGGGACUACGUUUACAAAUUGCUAGUGAAAUCGCCAAAGGUAUGCAACAUCUUCAUUCUCAUAAUCCACCCGUCAUUCAUAGAGAUCUAAAGAGUCCAAAUAUACUCUUGAAUGGUAUUACCGAGGGUCAAAACUCAGUGGCCACAAUCAUUGAUUUCGGUACAAGUACUGCUUUGUAUGGUGGUGCCGCUUUAAUUCGUUGUGUUGAUCAACCACUUUGGUUGGGUCCAGAGGUUUUGGCAGGCACUGCCUAUAGUGAACCAUCAGAUGUUUACUCUUUUGGUAUCAUACUUUGGGAAUUGUAUACACGUGCUCAUCCAUUUGAUGAGUUUCAAUUUGGUCAAUGGAUGAGUAAAUUGGAAGAUGAAAUCAUUAGAGGUUUACGUCCAACUAUUCCACCAACUUGUCCACCAGAAUAUGUAGAAUUAAUUCAAUCAUGUUGGACUCAUGAACCAAAUAGUCGUCCAACUUUUACAAGUAUUGUCGAAAUUUUAGGUCAAAUUAAAAAGAAAUUUGCUCCUUUACCAUUUACUCAUCCACCACAUAUUAGAAAUAUGAUGAGAAAAUCAAGAUCUUCUUCAAUUUCUGAAGCAAUGUUACCUUCAAAUUUAUUACAUUUAAAUUUAAAUGGUAUUAAUAAUAAUAAUAAUAAUAGCAAUAAUAAUAAUAAUAGCAUACCAGUUACAACUAUAAGUUUAACAUCAAGUGGUACAUCACCAACAAAUUCACCAGUUGGUGGAUUAUUAUCACAAAGUUUAACUCAACCAAUAACUUCAGGUGGUAGUACAAGUGGAAUUUUAUCAACAUCAGUUAAUAGAGAUAAUUCAUCAUUGGUAUCAGCAUCAUCAUUAGGUAAUAAUACAUCAACAUCAUCAUUGGCUUCAUUGGUAUCAAAUAAUAGUGGUUUACAUCAUUCACCAUCAGCUUCAGAUGGAUUAAAUGAUUAUUAUGGUGCGGAUAAUAAUAACAAUAAUAAUGAUAGUACAAUGGAUUUCUUCCAAGAUAUUUUCACAGAGGAAGAGAAUGAACAACCUUAUCCAUUUGCAGAUGAUGAUCAACAAAAAGGUAUACUCUUUGGUUUCGAUGAAGAACAAACCAAUCCAAGUGCAUCAUCCGUUAGUAUUAUCAUUGCUGCAACGAUGGCAAAAAUGAUUGAAAUGAUGACUAAAGGUGAAAGUUCAGCUACAUUAAAGAGUGAACAUAUCUCCACAAGAAGAAGAUCAGAUACAGCGGGUAAAAAUGGUGUACCACCACAUUGGAGAAAUUCAGUUCCAUUAUCAACAAACUCCUCCACCACUUUGGAUGAAACUUUUAUCGAUGAUUUCAUCUAUGUUUAUCGUUCAUUCACAACACCAAGAAAUAUUUUCAAAUUAUUGGUUCGUAGAUUCUUUGGACCAAGACAUACAGAUAAAGUUGAUACAUUUACAAUUAAGAAAUUUGAACAAAAGAAAGCUGCAAUUCGUCAAGGUAUUGCAGUUUUCUUAAGAAAAUGGGUGGCCGAUAUUACAGAGUUGGAAUUUAGACAAGAGGAGUUUUGGUUAUAUCAUAAUACCGUGGCUUUCACUAAACAAUUCAUUGCAUCUGAAUUCCCAACUAUUGCAACUCAAAUCUAUGGUACAUUAACAACCCAUGAGGAUGAAGUAAAUUUAACCAAUCAAAGAUUCCUUCAAAUUGCUUUUAGCGAAAGUGAAAUUCAAAUUGAUCGUGCAAUGUCUUCAAUGCAAUUAACAACACCAAAACCAUUUAGAAGUCAAAAGAAUUUAGCGAAUAGUUAUAACUCUCAAAGUGGUGGCGGUGAUUCUUCAUUCUAUUAUCAACCAUCAUCAAAUGAUGUAUCAAGAGUAUUUUUAAAUCUUGCAACUGGUAUGAGAGAUCCAUUAUUAGGUAUAACGGUUAAAGAAAAAAAAUUCAAAAAAGAUAAAGUUUCAACACUUUGUUGUAGUGGUUCAGAGAUUAUAGAUUGGAUUACCAAAUGUAUGCCAAUUAAAAGAGAAGAAGCAUCCAUUUUAGUUUUGGAUAUGUUGAUGAAACAAUUCUUUAUUCAAAUUUCAGAUGAUGGUAUACCCAUUUCAAAUCAAAAAGGUACCAAUCCAACCUUUUCAGAUUCACCAACCUCAUUCUAUAUGUUUUUAGAGGACGAUCCAGAAUUGAUUGCUCGUCAAUACACUUUCCUUGAAUUGAAAUAUCUUCAAAAUAUUCAUCCAAGAGAAUUGUUGGGUUUCUCUGUUGGUUUGGUAAUGCCAAAUGAAAAUGAAAAGGAUCCUGAGAAAUGGAGACAAUCAAAUUUCCCACAUAUCUAUGAUUAUUUUAGAUGGUUCAAUAAGAUGACAAUGUUAGUUAGUACAGAAAUUUUAAGACAAAGAGAUAUUAAACAACGUGCUUCAAUCAUUGAAAAGUAUAUCUCUAUCGCAUUGGAGUAUCUUAGUCUUUGGAAUUUCAAUGGUAUCAUGCAAGUAUUAAGUUCACUCCAUAGUGAACCAAUUUCAAGACUCUCUGCAACUUGGGCAAAAGUUUCUCAGAGAUCAAUGGAUUGUUUCUAUGAACUCUCACGUCUUAUGUUACCCGAAUCCAAUUAUUUACCACUUCGUACGGCUUUAGCCUCACAAAAACCAAACACUAUCAUUCAAGCCUCACCACUCUAUCCAAAUAUCUCCGCCUAUAUGGUACAUACCGUUUGUCCUACCAUUCCAUUCCUUGGGGCUUUAAUAGCUGAUCUCUCUCAAACUUGUACAGAGAAUCCAACAUUCAUUAGUAGUGGCGGUGAAAAGAUGAUCAAUAUUCUUCGUGUUAAACGUCUCUCUAAAAAGAUGAAAAUGUUCAAAGAAUACAAAGAGAUGCCAACUCAAUACCUUCCUGCAUUGACAACCAUUCCACUCCAAUACUAUGAACAUUAUGUAAAUGAUUUGAAAGCAUUGGAUAGUUUACAAAUUGAUCGUCUAUCUGAUAUCGAAAGAAAACUUGAAAUCAUCUGUGAAAAGAAUGGCACAACCAAUGAUGACAAAGAGAAAGGUGAUGAGAAUGGUGGUGGUUUGACUAGUAGUAAUUUCUUUGGUAAUGGUUCCGAUGAAUUAACUGAACGUGAUUGGACUAUCCUCUUAACAAAUGCUUCUGUCAUCGCCUAUAAUCGUGGUGAUGUCGUCAUGGAAGAGAAUGCUAUAAACACUCAUCUCUAUCGUAUAAAGAGUGGUGCUAUCUCUGUUGAAAAGAAAGAUAAAGAAGGUAUCAAUUGUAAGGUCGCUACGAUGUUUGCUCCAAAGAUGUUUGGUGAAAUGUCUUUCCUUGGUAAUAAAACAACUGCUCGUUUAACCGUUGAUGAAGAAUCUGAUCUCUACGUUAUGGAUAUUCCUUUCUUAAAUAAUCUAUUCAAUGGUCAUCCACGUUUAGGUGCUAAAUUCUAUAAGAUUAUGGCAAAUCAAUUGGCAAUUAGAUUAAAGAAUUUACCAUGGUCAAAACCAAAAAAUACAACUGGUGGUAGUAGUAGUAGUAAUCAAUCUGCUGGUCCAGAUAAUAUUUUAGGUACAACUCCAACUGGUAUUAGUAGUAGUGGCGGUGGUUUAACUUCAUUAUUAAAUCAAAACCUUUCAUCCAUUAUGUCAUUAUCAAAUAGUAAUACACCACCAGCAUCACCAAGAGUAAUGACUACACCAACAUUACCAUCUCCACCAGCUCCAUUACAAUCUCCACCAACCAGUGGUAUUAGUUCACCAACAACAACAACAUCAACAACAACUGAUCAACAAAAAAUUAAUAAUACAAUUUUCCAAAAUGUACAUCCAACAAUUAAUGUUCAUCGUACAUCUUCAUCAGCAAAUUUAGUUUCUCCACAUGGACGUCCAUCAAAUUCAGGUUUCGGUCAUUCAAGUGGUGGUGAAAGAACCAUUAAUAAAGAUCCACAUCAAAGAGAUAGUGGUAGUAUGGAUAAACCAAUUCUAUCACUUGGAAGUGGUGGUACACCUCGUGGUGAUGGUGCUCGUAGUGGAUCCAUUAGUUAUUUAGGUCGUACUCAAACCUCAACUUCACCAUUGAAUGAAGGUUUAAGCGGAGGUCAACAACCAGUUAUGAAAAAGAAUGAUCAAGAGUUUUGUCAAAGAUUUGCAUUGGUCGAUGAAAUUGUCAUUAAAGAUUAUCCAUGUUCAUUAAACCGUUCCGGUAGAUUGUAUAUCUCUCAACAACAUGUUUGUUUCUACAGUAAAUUCUUUGGUUAUAAAACUAAAAAGGUAAUUCCAUUCAAAAAUAUUGACAAACUAAUUUGUAUCAAUGUCAAUCAAAUAGAACUCACUCGUCUUAAAAACACCGUACCAAGUAAUUAUCGUUUAACUUUCCAAACUGGCAAAGAUCGUGAAGAUGCUUUCAGUAUGAUUCAUAUCCUUUGGGAUUCAUCAAAAGUCUCCAAUUCCUCCUCUGAUGAAAUCAAAAAUAAAUUGGCUGCCGAAAGAAAGAAAGUCAAUAAUCUUACACUCAAAACUCGUUCCAAUAAAAACAAAGGCGAUGAACUCACCAAAGAGGAUUGGGAAUUAAUCGGUUGUGAAGGUUCACGUUCCUCCACUUUCAAAAAGGAUGAAGUAAUCAUUCGUGAAGGUGAACGUAUGCAAAAGAUUUUCCAAAUUGGUAAAGGUGUUUGUCGUAUUGAAAAAUCAGUACCUGUUGCUCCUGGCUCUUCUGAAAUGAAAAAAGUUGUACUUGGAACAAUGAAACAAGAUGAUACCUUUGGUGAAAUCACUUACCUCUUAAAUGGUGAAACCACUGCUGAUGUCAUUGCUGACACUGAUCAAACCGAGGUUUAUACAAUCGAAGGUCAAUUUGUAAAUAUUUUAUUCGAUUUAAAUCCUGCUUUAGCUUCAAAAUGGUUUAAAUAUUUAGCCACUGCUUUAAACAAAACUUUAAUUGAAAGAGAAUCACAACUUUAUGCUUAA